UGGCCUAAUUUUAAAAAGGAAAACGGAAGGAAAGUCACACUGACAUGGGAUUAUUGAGAAUGUGGUUGCUGGCGCUGGUGCUGCUGUGCUCAGCUUCAGCAAUAACGAGCCAAACUCAGCACCUUACCGAGGAGUUGUUAGAGUCGGCGAAGGAGCCUACUUUCUUAAACUGGUUGCGACGGAUACGAAGGAGAAUCCAUGAAUAUCCGGAGCUCGCCUUUCAGGAAUUUCAGACGAGCCAACUCAUUAGAUCGGAGCUCGAUUCACUCGGCGUCCAAUAUUCAUGGCCGAUCGCCACCACCGGCAUCGUCGCUUCCAUUGGUUCCGGCGCACAUCCCUGGGUUGCUCUUAGGGCAGACAUGGACGCGCUUCCUAUUCAGGAAAUGGUAGAAUGGGAUCACAAGAGCCGAAACAAAGGCAAAAUGCAUGCAUGUGGCCACGAUGCUCAUGUGACAAUGCUACUAGGAGCUGCAAAAUUACUCCAUAGCAGGCGACACCAAUUGAAGGGCACAGUUAAACUGGUGUUCCAGCCAGCAGAAGAGGGCAAAGGAGGGGCAUAUCAGGUUCUAAAAGACAGUGCCCUCCAUAACGUCCAAGCUAUUUUUGCCUUGCAUGUUUCUCCACGAAUACCAACUGGCACCGUCGCUUCCCGACCUGGCCCUAUUAUGGCUGCCUCUUCCAGAUUUCUAGUCACAAUUCAAGCCCAACUAGGAGGAGACCCUAUACUAGCAGCUUCUAUGGCUAUACUUGCUCUCCAAUUUAUUGUUUCACGAGAAAUUGACCCGUUAGAAGCCAAGGCUGCUACCAACUGGCAAGUUGUCAUGGUGAUAUCGGUUGGAUUCAUCAAGGGUGGAGUGGCAGAUAACGUAAUUCCUGAGGAGGUCCAAUUUGGAGGAACUUGUCGAACGUUCACUUCAGAACAACAAUCCUACAUUCAACGAAGAAUUCAGGAGGUGAUAGAGAUGCAAGUAGCAGUGAUGAAGGGAUGCUCGGCUAGGGUGGACUUCAUGGAGGAGACAAUGAGGCCUUAUCCUCCAACCAUAAACGACAAUGCUCUGUACGAGCAGGUAAAGAUGGUGGGAGAAGCUUUGCUGGGCAAGCCAAAUGUGAAAGUCUCUCCGAUGAUCAUGGCAGCAGAAGACUUCAGCUUUUACUCUCAGAAAAUGGCAGCCUCUUUCUUCGAAAUUGGAACGUACAAUCACACCCUCAACACAGGGCUGCCUCUCCAUUCUCCUUUCUUUGGGAUUGACGAGGACGCUCUUCCCAUUGGAGCUGCUUUCCAUGCUGCUGUUGCUGUCGUCUACCUUAAUUCAGUGACGCAAAUUUGAUGUCUUUCUUCCUCAACUUCCGGUCUAUUUUCUUCAUCUCCUGGCGAACUCACCAUCAGUCCAUGCUUGGAGUGAAGAAACCCGAUCCUGUGCAAAAAUAUAAGGUCGCUUUGUAUGCCAUGUUUUACUUAAAGAAUGAAAGAUUGAAAUCAUGGGCAGCGAUCUUCAUAUGUGUUAUGUUUCUCUGAAUCAUAUGGUCGGAGUUAUCUCCACCUUCGGAAGCCA